AUGUUACCUUUAAUCACAUUAUUAACUAUUGUUUCAAGUGCCUCUGCUAGAUUUAUCGAUAUCACUGCUAGAGACGGUUAUCCUGUUGAAUCAUGUGAUACUUCAAGUUUACCUUUCACUUGUGGAUCAUCAUCAAGUUCCAAUACCUGUUGUUUUGAAAAAGAUGGAUUGAUGUUGCAAACUCAAUUCUGGGAUUAUGACACCAGUGUUACAAAACGUAGUUUGGAAGAAAGGGAAGUUUUAGAAAGACAAACCAGAGAAGUUCAUGGUGAAAUUGGUGUUUCUAAAAGAGCAGGUACUCCUUCAAGCUCAAUGGACACUGAUAAAGUAUUCACUAUCCAUGGAUUAUGGAGUGAUAAAUGUGAUGGUUCAUAUGAUCAAUAUUGUCAAAGUAAUCUUGAGAUUCCUGAUGGUUAUAAUGUUAAAAACUUGAUCAGUAGCACUUUCAAUAAACCUGACUUAUAUGAUUUAAUGGAUACUUAUUGGUUAAGUAACAGUGGAUCUAAUGAAGAAUUGUGGUCUCAUGAAUACAACAAACAUGGUACUUGUAUGAAUACCAUUUCUCCAGGUUGUUUCACUGAUAGUUAUCAAAAAUAUGAAUCACCAGUUCUUUUCUGGCAAAAAGUUACUGAAAUUUGGGAUGGUUUAAAUACCUAUGAUUUCUUAGCUAGUGCUGGUAUUACUCCUUCAGCCACUAAACAAUAUUCCUUCUCUGAUAUUCAAGAUGCUUUAAGUAGUGGUCAUGAUGGGAAAGAAGUUCAUGUUGGAUGUGAUAGUGAUGGAGCUAUCAAAGAAAUUUGGUAUUUCUAUUUAUUGCAAGGAAGUGUUUUCACCGGUAAUUAUCAAGCUGUUGAUUCUUCCACUGCUAACAAAUGUCCGGACCAAGUCUGGUACUAUCCAAAAUAA